AGUAUUCGAAUUGUCUGAAAUUUUUUAUGAUUUUUGAAAUGUUAAAAUGUUUCAUGACAAUCUAAAGAAGUUUAUUGAAAAUGUUAACUAUAAAAUACUUCUUAGUGACGUAUUUUUUCGUUUUAAAUCCAGUUUAUGGUGGUUUUGAAGAUAAGGUGGCUGAAUUGGAGAAAAAAAGUCGUCCGAUAAGAUCAUGCGAAGAUGAACGACUUGGUGGAGCACAACACGUUGGGUUUGGAAUGUCCAUUAUAGUGCUAUUUUUAGCGAUUUUACUUUUUCUAAUUUGUCUGGGAAUACUAAAAGGAUUAAUAGGAUUGUUAUUUUUCCCGAAAAUCGGAGUGUGUGGAAUGAAUCUUCUUGUGGAUCUUCCAAGACCGAUUAAAAAAUAUCAAGAACCGGAAUUAGCUGGUUGUCCGGUUGUUUAUGACGUUGUUGGGUGGCCCAUUCACCCACAAACCGGAAAAAGAACAGUUAGACCACUUUCGAAGAAUACAGAGUUUUGUAUGAAUGUAAUCUUCUUUAUAACGUACCCAGUUAUAAUAGUAGUUACAUUAUGCUCCCAUAUUUGUUACAAAAGCUAUGACGAGGAGGGUACCGAUAAUAACGUCUACGACAACGUGAAUACGGUGGUAUUUUCCGAAUGUCCAGCGUAUCAAGUCGAUAAUGUCAAGGAAAAGUGUAAAUGCCCUAAAAAUUGUGGUGGCCACGAUAUUUAUAGAGAUGAUGAUUCUGCUGAAGAACAUGAUACUAGAUAUGUUAUGGAACAAAUGGAUGAUAGUUCAAAUCGGUUAAAGCAAUAAAAUCUAUGAAAAUAUUGAAUCAGGAAGAUAAACAAGUGUAUUGAGAGCAAGAUAAAGAACUAGUAUUGUAAUUUAUAUUAUUAUUUCUAUUGUAUUUAUUUAUAUUAUUAGAUUUUUUAUGAAAAAUAAACAGAUUUUAAAGUGAACAUUUAAAGGGGGGCAAAUC